AACGUAGUGUCACGUCAAAGCGCCCUGCCCUCCCUGCUGCCUUUCCAGUUUCCCAUCAUCAUAUGGGUGUCAUGGGUCUCGGCUUCGCCCUCGGCCGUAAGCUACUGCUGCGUAUCCAGGCAUCAGAUCAUUCCCGAUCGCGUUUGAUCGUGACGCUGGAUAUAUUCAUUGUUUCCGGCGUGACAUUGUUAUUAACGAUGACUCUUGCAGCUGUGCGCAUUCCCAGGCAACCCCCGUCCUGAACACGCACUAACCGCUUCAUUUCUUCUGUCAGAGCCGGUCAGCGGUAUUGACUGUGGAAAGCUGAGCCUCGUUCAUUCAUACAUACAGCGAAAACAGUAACUCAAAGGUCGACCAGAGCAACCGGAAAACGAAAGGAUUUGAUUCACACCCCAUUCGUGGUUUUCGACAAGGCCUAGGGCAUGGGCGGAACCAAGAGUAAACCCAAAGAGCUCGGCCCGCGCUCCCGGAGUCUGGACGACGGCACCGGAGGACACCAUCACAGUCCCAACCAGUCAUCCUUCACACCCAACCGGAGUCCGCCGGUGGACGGCAGCAGACGCGGCACCCAGCCCAACAUCAUCAGCGCGGAGCAGGCGCUGUUUGGAGGCGUGAACUCGAACAACAGCAUCACGUCUCCUCACAGGGUCGGCACGCUGUCCGGCGGCGUGACCACGUUUGUGGCUUUGUAUGACUACGAGUCACGAACCGCCACUGAUUUGUCAUUCAGGAAAGGAGAACGACUCCAGAUUGUCAAUAACACGGAAGGCGACUGGUGGCUGGCUCGCUCGCUGACGACGGGAGAGAGUGGAUACAUUCCCAGCAAUUACGUGGCACCGUCUGAUUCCAUCCAGGCUGAAGAAUGGUACUUUGGAAAGAUCACACGCAGGGACUCCGAGCGCCUCCUCUUGAGUCUGGAAAACAGGAGAGGAACUUUCCUGGUCCGAGAGAGUGAGACAACCAAAGGUGCCUACUGUCUUUCCGUUCUGGAUUACGACAACGUCAAGGGUCUAAAUGUCAAACAUUACAAGAUCAGGAAGCUGGACAGCGGGGGAUUUUACAUCACGUCGCGCACUCAGUUCAGUACAUUACAGCAGCUGGUCAACCACUACCACCAGCACGCAGACGGCCUGUGUCACUGUCUGACUGACGUGUGUCCCGUGCUGAAGCCUCAGACUCAGGGCCUGGCACGGGACGCCUGGGAGAUCCCACGGGACUCUCUGAGACUGGACGUCAAACUUGGCCAGGGCUGCUUCGGAGAGGUCUGGAUGGGCACUUGGAACGGCACGACAUGCGUGGCCAUCAAGACCCUGAAGCCUGGCACUAUGUCUCCUGAGGCCUUCCUGCAGGAAGCACAGGUGAUGAAGAAACUCCGGCACGAGAAGCUGGUGCAGCUUUAUGCCGUCGUCUCGGAGGAGCCCAUUUACAUCGUCACUGAGUACAUGGGACAAGGAAGUCUGCUGGAUUUCCUGAAGGGUGACAUGGGGAAAAUGCUGCGGUUGCCUCAGCUUGUGGAUAUGGCCUCUCAGAUCGCCUCUGGGAUGGCGUACGUGGAAAGAAUGAACUAUGUGCACAGGGACCUCAGAGCUGCCAACAUCCUGGUGGGUGAUAACCUGGUGUGUAAAGUGGCUGACUUCGGCCUCGCUCGACUCAUCGAGGACAACGAAUACACAGCCAGACAGGGAGCCAAGUUUCCCAUCAAGUGGACUGCGCCAGAGGCGGCGCUUUACGGCCGCUUCACCAUCAAAUCUGACGUGUGGUCGUUUGGGGUCUUACUGACGGAGCUGGCGACCAAAGGCAGGGUGCCUUAUCCAGGUAUGGUGAACCGGGAGGUGCUGGACCAGGUGGAGCGCGGCUACAGGAUGCCCUGUCCCGCCGAGUGCCCCGAAUCCCUGCACGAGCUGAUGCUGACCUGCUGGCGCAAGGAGCCCGAGGAGCGGCCCACCUUUGAAUACCUCCAGAGCUUCCUGGAAGACUACUUCACCUCUACUGAACCACAGUACCAGCCGGGCGAGAACCUCUAGAGAUGCAGAUCCAGUCAAGUGUGAGAGCAGCGAAAAGGAUAUCAUUUCCCUGACCGGGAAAACGAACGCGGGAUGUUUGUGGCAUAACCCAGCCAAUACUGAUCCACACGUGACGACAACGUCGCAUCCAGCUAAAUCAGCCCAUUUAAAGCAAAUUACUGGGUUUUCACAUGGUCUCAGUGUUACAGCAUUAUAAUCGCAUGUUUCUCCACUUUCAUCGCAGAUGAGCUGCAAACAGCAAGACAAGAUGCAUCUUUUCUGCAAAGAAAUUCAAUAACAAAUUGCUUCUUCAGCCGUCGUCGUUUCUGCUGAUAAUUGAUCCCUAGCUGUUUUCUUGACCUCGAUAUACCACCACUUCUCUUCUAAACCCUUUUAGCGGAUGCUCCAGAUCUGUCAUUCAUCCUCCUCCCACAAUCCCUCACUUCUAUCCUCUCCCAUCCCCCUUCAAACCCCCAAAGCGUCCGCUCCGUCAGCUCUGGUGUUCGUUGUGAACCCUGCGACCCGCUCUCAAGCUCAGAUGGACGAGGUUUGAUCACCAACAUCGCAUGUUGGGAGACAUCUGUGACCGCAGCUCUCUCGUGACGAACGGACGUUCCCGUUAAUGUCUUCCAAUAGAUAUCCAGGGGCUGUAUCUGAACGUGGUAUUUUAUGCCUUUUAAUGGUAGAAAUGAGCUUUUUGUCCCACUAUGCUUGUUUGUUUCUUUUGUAUCGACCUGGAUCAACUGGAAUAAGAACGUGAUUGGUUGAACACUGGUCACAUGAUUGGAAGUCGUUCUGAAUUCGGAAUGAUGGAAACGAAACAUUCUUUCUUUUAAUAUGGAUCGUUCAGAGUGUGGUU